AUGCCUUGGACGCUGCUUCUGCUGCAGCUGCUACUGCCGAUGGUGCGGAGCCAGAGUCUGGCGGGACUUUCCCAGGAGACGGGCCCCCUCUUCCGACUCACUCAUCAGGGACCCCGGGACAUGCACGACAGCCAAGCCACCGACUCGCCCUGCCAGGGGCUCCCGGCUGCAGGAGCCACGACCCUGACCCUGGCAAACCUCAGCCUGGAGCGCUUGCCCAGCUGCCUGCCGCACACGCUGCGCAGCCUCGACGGCAGCCACAACCUGCUGCGCGCCUUCGGGGGGCCUGAGUUCGGUCGCCUGCCGGAGCUACGCGUGCUCACUCUGAACCAUAACCGCAUCUCCACGCUGCACUGGGGCCGCGGCACGCCGGCCGGGCUGCGGGAGCUCGACCUCAGCCACAACCUGCUGACCGCGCUGCCCGCCGACGCCGGGCCCCCGGAGCGCAACAUGCGCUCGCUGGUGCUGGCCGGGAACCCACUGCAGGCGCUGCAGCCACGGACCUUCGCACGCUUCCCGGCGCUGCAGCUUCUCAACCUCUCCUGCAGCGAGCUGGACCACAUCGCCCAGGAGGCGUUCGCCGGGGAGGACGGCGGGCCCCUGGCGGCGCUGGAGGUCUUGGACCUGAGCGGCACGCGCCUGGAGCGAGUUGAAUCUGGGUGGAUCAGGAACCUGCCACAGCUCAAGUCCCUCUACCUGAGAAAGAUGCCCAGGCUGAAGACGCUGGAGGGAGACACUUUCAAGAUGACUCCCAAUCUACAGCAGCUGGAUUGUCAAGAAUCCCCAGCACUCAGUUCUGUCCACACAGAGAUCUUUCAAGACACACCUUGUCUACAAGUCCUUCUGUUCCAGAACUGCAACUUGAGUUCCUUUGGACCUUGGAUUGUGAAUUCCUCCCAGGUCUUAUCUGUCAACCUCUUUGGCAACCCUCUCACUUGCAACUGUGAGCUGGCUUGGCUUCUCGUGGAUGCAAACAAAACUGUCGUACACAGGGCAGCAGAUACCAUGUGUGAGCCCGCUUUAGGAUCCAAGGACCCCUUCUCUGGCCCUCUCUCCCUCUGCCAGCUGUCUGAUGUGUGCAGGCCAGAUCAAAGCACCACCCUCCCGGCUUCAAACCUGCCUCACUUUGAUCAUCCAGUUUCUGCACCACGGACACAGGGGCCUUCCAUUGGACAGAACACAGUCCUGUCUACUCAACCUGGAGGAGGCCAACAAAGUAUCACCAAGGUCCCCUCCCACACUGUGGCUUCUCUUACACAAGGGGCAUGGAUGCAUGGUGAUACGUCAGAGGAAACUGCCCAGUCCGCUCCUGACUCUCUGACAGUUUACAGUCCCUCCAGGGCUCUGCCUGGUGCAGCCGGCACAGGGGCAGAGCAGAUUGCCACACAUACCCUCGAGCCCAGUAUCUCACUUGCCUCCGGCACACUGCUCAGCAAAUACCUUGGACCCUUGUCCACUUCGCCAAACCCCCGGAGCAUAUCUUGGACGAACCAGAGGACACCAGCCACCACCCAGGCUCCCCACACACAUCCUCCACAGGAUGAGAUUCCAGUCCUGCUGUUAGAUGACGACAGCGAGGAGGAUGAGACUCAGAAUCAGGUGGCAGCACCUCGCGAGGCUGUCUCUUGUGAUUACCACCCCUGCAGGCAUCUGCAGACCCCAUGUGCAGAGCUGCAGAGGCGCUUCAGAUGCCGCUGCCCUGGUCUGAGCGGGGAAGAUACCAUCCCAGAUCCUCCCAAGCUGCAGGGGGUUUCAGAGAUAACUGACACGUCAAUGCUCAUCCACUGGUGUGCCCCCAACUCAGUGGUGCUCUGGUACCAGAUCAACUACUUGGCGGAAGGAGGAUCUGGGAACCAGUCCGUAGCGGACAUCUAUGCUACAGCACGACAGCACCCCCUGUACAAGCUGUCUCCAAGCACUACCUACCACGUGUGUGUACUGGCAGCCAACAGGGCUGGCCUGAGCCAGCAGCAGACCUCAGGCUGGAAGAGGUCAUGUGCCACCUUCACAACCAAGCCCAGCUCGGUAGUCAUCUUCUGGGGACUGUGUAUCUCCAGUGCCCUGUUACUGGUUAGCACCCUGGUGCUGUCUGUGUGUCUCUGGAGGCAGCGCUGGAAGCCACACAGGCAGUUCUAUGACACAAACCUGGUGGCCUUCAAAAACCCGGCCAGGGCUGAGGAAGUAACUCAGUGGUAGUGACUUCCCCAUGCGCAAGGCCUUGGGUUUAUCCCCAAUAUCAAAAUCAGACGCAUUUGAGGCCUUGGAUUGAUCUCUAGCAACCAAAUUAAACAACAGACCAGCCUUUGACCACCUGCUGAGACUCCAGACCUUCAAUUAUCCCAGCUUCUUUCCUCCAAUCAAACCACAUCUGCAUGCAGAAAUUGUGAUCUAGUGCCUAUAAACAAUCUCGAGUUCCACAUUCCCCAAAGCCAGCGUGCCUCAGGCACGCACAGCACUCUGCCGCUUCCUUCUCUGUUCCUUCUGUAACUGUUCUCAGUAACCUGAUGGUCACACCCGACAGUCCUGCUGGCACCUGUCCUUCUGGGUUGUUCCCUUGGGGUUUUCAGCAGUCAGUGUCUCCCUCA